AUGUCUUUGAAAGAGGCCAACGAGAGCUCAACGGGGGCACCUGCUUCUGUGUCUGAAUCAGCGGACUCCAAGAUCAACCAUGCCGCUUCCAUCAACUACUGGAACAGUGUUCCCAGCACUUCAGCUGAGAUGCUAGGCAUGCUCGGAACUUAUCCCUGGUAUACACGCAUCGAGCUACAAGGAUCCAAAAACUUCUUGACGAAGGUUCGUCGAAUGAUCCCCGCUCUUCCCCAGAGUGGAAAAUUCCGCCAAGGUGCGGAUUGUGGAGCCGGUGUUGGACGUGUAACAGAAGGUUUUCUAAGCCAUGUCUGUGAAGUUGUGGACGCUGUCGAGCCGGUAGAGAAAUUUACAAAGGUCAUGGCAGAGAGCAAGCUCAAACAAGAUGGUAUUGUGGGUGAUAUUUACACCGUCGGUCUAGAGAAUUGGCAUCCACAGAAAAAAUACGAUUUGAUCUGGACUCAGUGGUGUGUCGGACAUUGCACUGAUACACAAUUGAUUGAGUACAUCAUAAGGUGUCGAGAUGCUUUGACAGAAAAUGGUGUUAUGGUUGUGAAGGAGAACUUGUCGACCGAUGCACAAAAUCAGGAUAUGUACGACGACUUGGAUAGCAGUGUGACGAGGACGGAUGGGAAGUUUAAGCAGUUAUUUGCUGCUGCUGGAAUGGAUGUUAUCAAGUCUGAGAUUCAGACUGGAUUCCCUAAGCAGUUCAAGCUUCUUCCUGUAAAGUCUUAUGCCCUUCGGCCGAAGGUCUGA